AUGGGUAGACUUGAUCUAAUUAAAUUAUUAGAUCAAUUGGGAGAAAAAGGGACAGAAAAAGCAAUUGAAUUUGCUGCAGAAAAGGGUCACCUUGAAGUACUUAAAUAUUUACAUUCUAUAGGAUAUAAAGGUACAGAUCGGGCAGUUAAUUGGGUUGCAAGAAAUGGUUACUUGGAAGUACUUAAAUAUUUACAUUCUAUAGGAUAUAAAGGUUCAGAUCGGGCAUUUGAUUUUGCUGUAGAAAAAGGUCACCUUGAAGUACUUAAAUAUUUACAUUCUAUAGGAUAUAAAGGUACAGAAAAAGCAAUUGCUGCUCAAAAUGAUCACCUUGAAGUACUUGAAUAUUUACAUUCUAUAGGAUAUAAAGGUACAGAAAAAGCAAUUGCUGCUCAAAAUGAUCACCUUGAAGUAAUUAAAUAUUUACAUUCUAUAGGAUAUAAAAGUACAGAUUGGGCAAUUGAAUUUGCUGCAGAAAAAGGUCACCUUGAAGUACUUGAAUAUUUACAAUCAAUAGAAUAA